GCAUUGGCCUUGCUAUUGCACACUAUCUGCUUAAACAAUCAUGUCGCGUCGUGACGGUCGCCAGAAGCCGCGAGCCCAUGGAAAAGCUGAGCAAGCAAUUCCCUGGACAAGUCGAGAUCCUCGCUGGUGAUCUGUCGGAUCUUUCGCUCGGACAGAAAGCAGCAGACCUGGCCAAGUCCAAGUGGCAGCGCCUGGACAGCAUCAUUGUCAACCACGGCAUUCUCGAUCCUGUCAAGAGAGUCGCCAACGUCGAAGCAGAGGAAUGGAGACAGUUGUUCGACGUCAACGUCUUCUCAGCAAUCGCUCUGGUCAAAGCAUGUUUGCCAGCACUCCGUGAAUCCAAGGGUAGUAUCAUCCUUUGCUCUUCUGGUGCAGCCACCGGUGCCUACUCCACGUGGGGAGCGUAUGGUGCAUCCAAGGCUGUGUUGAACCACCUCGCCAUGACCCUUGCAGUUGAGGAACCCGAUGUGACAACUAUAUCCCUCAGACCGGGCGUGGUCAAUACGCAAAUGCAGGUAUCUAUCCGCGAAACGCACAACACCAGCAUGGAUGCAAAGGACGCAGCCAAGUUCAAGGAGCUGAAGGAGACUGGAGGUUUGCUCGAGCCUGAGCAGCCUGGUCAUGUCAUGGCCAAGCUGGCACUAGACGCGCCCAAGGAGUUGAACGGCAAGUUUUUGAGUUGGAACGACGAAGCGCUCGCGGCUUUCCAGGAGUAG